AUGGCAAGAACUAAACAGACAGCUCGUAAAUCCACCGGUGGAAAAGCCCCGAGGAAGCAGCUCGCUACUAAAGCCGCCCGUAAGAGCGCACCAGCCACCGGCGGAGUCAAGAAGCCUCAUCGUUACAGGCCCGGUACCGUGGCUCUGCGAGAGAUCCGCCGUUAUCAGAAGUCCACUGAGCUGCUGAUUCGCAAACUGCCUUUCCAGCGUCUGGUGAGAGAAAUCGCUCAGGAUUUCAAGACGGAUCUGCGCUUCCAGAGUUCGCUGUCAUGGCCCUGCAGGAGUCCAGCGAGGCUUAUUUGGUCGAGUCUGUUUGAGGACACCAACUUGUGUGCCAUCCAUGCCAAGAGGGUCACCAUCAUGCCCAAAGACAUUCAGCUGGCCCGCCGCAUUCGUGGAGAACGAGCUUAA